GUUGUCUUGCAUGCAUCGUGUACUGUGCAAGUGUUGCGUAUUUGAUGUGGUCUUACUUAACUUAGAGUAAUUAGUGUUUUUCUAUUAUUAUAUCUUGUCUAAUUGCUGCUUCAAAUGAUCUAUAUAGAAUUUAGUUUUCGAAAGUAGGAAAUUGGACAAUAAUUUGACUUCCAGAGAGCCUAUUGUGUUAUGCUCUAUUUUAUUGGUUUUUUUUUAUUGUUGUUAUUUGUCUUGAAUAUGUGGAGAGAGGAGACUAUUUCAAGAUCAUAGCUCCUCUCAUUUUACGGGAAAGAUUUGUGAUUUCUUUUUUCCCUCGGUUUUUCUAAGUAGAAUUGUUCAAUUCGGCUCCUAAAUUCUUGGGAGUUUCGUAAUUUACCUUUUUUUUUAUUAUUAUAAUUAAACGUGGAUUGUGGAGAUUACUACCGAUACGUAUACCUGUGCUUCUGUUUGUAAUAUUUUAUUCAGAGUUUGUGAAAAACUGCUAUUGUAAUGGAAAAUACUAAUCAUGUGUAACUUAGGAAACCGCUUUCUCCUCUUUCUGUUUUUUCGUUCCUUGAUAAUUUGCGAGUGCUUCUCAAUUAUUGAAUUUGAAUCCAACAAUGGUGGCAGAGAAUCAUUACUACUUUUCAGUUCAAGAGAGGAUGGUAGCUAGAAAUGUGGAUCUUCGGUCAGACACGGUGACAAAGCCAACUGAAGCAAUGCGAAUUGCUAUGGCAAAUGCUGAAGUUGAUGAUGAUGUUCUAGGCAAUGAUCCAACUGCUUUUCUCUUAGAAACAGAGAUGGCAAGGAUGAUGGGCAAGGAAGCUGCUCUUUUUGUUCCAUCUGGCACUAUGGGGAACCUUAUUUGUGUACUUGUCCAUUGUGAUGUCAGGGGAAGUGAAGUUAUUCUUGGAGACAAUUGCCAUAUCUAUAUUUAUGAGAAUGGAGGCAUUGCAACUAUUGGAGGGGUGCAUCCAAGAGCAGUGAAAAAUAAUGAUGAUGGAACCAUGGACAUUGAUUUGAUUGAGGCUGCUAUCAGGGACCCAAGGGGGGAGCUACUGUAUCCAACCACCAGGCUUAUUUGCUUGGAAAAUACUCAUGCAAACUCUGGUGGCAGAUGCCUCUCAGUUGAAUAUACAGACAGAGUUGGAGAGAUAGCUAAGAAGCAUGGACUGAAGCUUCACAUUGAUGGAGCCCGCAUUUUUAAUGCAUCAGUUGCACUUGGUGUUCCACUGGAUAGGCUUGUCCAAGCAGCUGAUUCAGUUUCUGUUUGCCUAUCUAAAGGUAUAGGUGCUCCAGUUGGAUCUGUUAUUGUUGGUUCCAAGAAUUUUAUUGCCAAGGCUAGACGACUCCGGAAAACCUUAGGAGGUGGAAUGAGACAGAUUGGCAUCCUUUGUGCUGCUGCACUUGUUGGCUUGCAGGAAAAUGUUGGAAAGCUGGAAAGUGAUCACAGAAAAGCUAGACUUUUUGCUGAUGGAUUGAAUGAAAUUAAAGGACUGAAAGUGAAUGCCAGUUCUGUGGAGACCAAUAUGAUAUUUAUCGACAUUGAAGAGGGUACACGGACUAGAGCAGAAAAGAUAUGCAAGUACUUGGAAGAACGUGGUGUCUAUGUUAUGCAAGAGUGCUCAUCAAGAUUGAGAGUUGUUCUCCACCACCAAAUAUCAGCAAGCGAUGUGCAAUACGCCUUGUCAUGCUUUAAGAUAGCUCUCAAGGGAUUGCAGAAUGAAACGGGCAACUAGUGGAAGAAUUUGAAUUUGGCACGUUGCUGCCAUAUUAGUAAUAAAAAAGGCAUUCCGUGUUUCAUUUGUCUUUGCUCAUUUUAUUUUCUUUAAUGUAAACUAGAACAGACAAGGAAUUACAUAUUUAAUGUUGUUCCAUAUUUUGAAUUAUUUUGACUUUGGGUCGUUUCCCGGCUAAUUUAAACAUAUUUUGCUUUGUGGCUCAUUGUUACUGACCCAUCAUUGGGUAUACAAUAAUGAGCAACGUUGGCAAUAUUUAUUAUUA